AAACAAUGUACUCUUCAUCAUAUGUGACGCCAUGGAUGGUCGGCUUGUUGGAAAUAACUUGACUGCUGUAAAUAUGGCAAACAUUAACAAUCGCCUGGUCAGUCAUGGUGUUACGUUUACCAAUGCCUACACAAACUCACCAAUAUGCUGCCCAUCUAGAUCAGCAUUAUGGAGUGGAUUGUACACUCACAUAACACAUGCGUGGAAUAACCAUGAAGGAUUACCUGCUGACUAUCCUACAUGGAAAAUAAAGUUGGAGAAAGCAGGAUACGAUUCCAAAAUUUUGGGAAAGACUGAUUAUGUAUCUGGUCGACAUACUCUCAGUAACCGAGUUGAAGCCUGGACUAGAAAUGUCAACUUUACUCUGGCUCAGGAAGGCCGACCUACACCAGUGCUCGUUGGCAAUAAAACAACAAUACGAGUGAAAGACGUUGACUGGGACAAUAUUGACAAGGCAAAAGAUUGGUUGGAAAAUAGAAAGUCAUCCAAAGCAACAAAACCAUUUUUGCUGUACAUCGGAAUAAAUUUGCCUCAUCCGUACUCCACACCAGGUGAAGGCGAGCAUCCUGGAGGAUCCACUUUCAUGACAUCGCCAUAUUGGUUGCAGUACGUUGACAUGUCAAAGGUUACCAUACCAAAAUGGACGCCAUUGGAUAAAAUGCAUCCUGUGGAUUACUAUGAAUCAGCGACAAAGAAUUGUACAUCACAUUUCACCAAAGAUGAAAUUAGAAAGAUUAGAGCAUACUAUUAUGGGAUGUGUGCAGAAGUGGAUGGCAUGGUUGGAGAGAUUUUAGAUCAGUUGGAUUCUCUUGGAUUAACGAACACAACGCAGGUUAUAUUCACAUCUGAUCAUGGUGAGAUGGCAAUGGAACAUAGACAGUUUUAUAAAAUGACAAUGUAUGAAGCUAGUUCACAUGUACCACUAAUCAUAACAAACCCGACAGUGCCGAGUAGACAAGGUGUUGCCGUCAAUGACCCCGUCAGUUUGGUGGAUAUCUUCCCGACAUUGAUGGAUAUGGCAGCAAUACAUCAUCCAGUUGGUCUGAAUGGUACCUCAUUGAUGCCUUAUUUAGAGGGAAAGAGCCAUGUGAAAAAACCUGACUGGGUUCUGAGUCAAUAUCACGGCUGUAACGUCAAUAUGUCUGCAUAUAUGCUGAGAAGACAAGAAUGGAAAUAUAUCACAUACGGAAAUGGAAAACAAGUGGCCCCACACUUAUUCAAUCUUGAUGAGGAUCCGGAUGAAUUACAUGAUUAUGCUAAUGAGAGACAUGACAUCAUUGCAGAAAUGGACAACAAAUUGAGAUCAAUUAUAGAUUAUGCAGACAUCACAAACGAGGUGUCGAGAUACAACAAAGAAUCAUUCUCAUCUUGGAAAACUAGCAUUGGCGAUAAAUACAGCGACACCAUUGCUAAUUUGAGAUGGUGGAAAGAUUGGCAAAAAGAUCCAAACGGGAAUGAGCAAAGGAUAGAAGAAUGGUUGAAAUCAGUGGAAUAG